AGCUCCCGGAAUCGACUGAUCACCAACAACUUGGCUUCCACUUCACAACUUCAAGUCAACAAUGGCUUUGUUUCUACGGCAGAACGCCUUGAAGCCUGGCCUUCCCAGGGAGCUCCUUGCAACAUGCGCAAUAUUUCUCAAUUCGAGGCAAUUCAGUGUUCUCAAUCGCCCGCCACCAAAUUAUCCUGGCCAUAUUCCUCUUACGAGAAUUGAGAAAGCAGGUCUAGCCAUAGGAUCUGCAUUUGGAUCGCUUUAUAACCCCUUCCGCGGAGAUUUGAUAGCAGCUCUUGGUGAAGCUACCGCGACGCCGUACUUCAUCUACCGUCUUCGAGAUGUCAUGCUUGCGUCUCCUACCGGCCGACGAAUCCUGAAAGAUCGACCUAGAAUAACCUCUAGAUCCAUGAAAAUGGAAUACUUGAGGACCCUGCCAGAGAAUACCGUCGGGAGGGCAUACGCAGAUUGGUUGGACUUAGAGGGCGUGACCCCAGACACACGAAGCGCUGUUCAGUACAUCGACGACGAGGAGUGCGCAUACGUGAUGCAGCGCUACAGGGAAUGCCACGAUUUAUACCACGCGCUGACUGGAUUACCGAUUAUAAUCGAGGGAGAGAUAGCUGUCAAAGCAUUUGAGUUUGCCAAUACUCUACUGCCUAUGACAGGACUAAGUCUGUUUGCAUAUGUACGGCUAAAGCCGCAGGAGAAAGAGAGGUUCUGGAAGAUCUAUCUGCCGUGGGCAGUAAAGAAUGGGGUAGGAUCGAAAGAGGUCAUCAAUGUAUACUGGGAAGAGCAGCUGGAAAGGGAUGUUGGUGAAUUGAGAGCCGAGUUGGGUAUUGAGAAACCUAUUGACCUGAGGGCUAUUCGCAAGGCUGAGAGAUUGAGGAAGAAGGCUGAGAAGGAGGCAAAAGAAAGGUCAGGAGAUAGCCUUGGAAUUAACUGA